UCCCAAAAAUCAAAUGUGUGCUAUGUUAGAAAUAAUGAAAGCUGCAAAGUGUGCAAAUCCAAAAAGUCGACGAUAUAAUGAAGAAUGGAUCUUAACGUGCAUAUUAAUGCAUAUGAAAUCACCAAGUGCAUAUGAAUUUUUAAGAAGUAACGAAAUACUACCUGUUCCAUGCGUUCGAACUAUAAGGAGAUACCUUUCUUUAAUAGACACUCCAUGUGGUUUUGACAAGAAGUUCUUCGAGAUGUUCAAGCUAACAUUGGAGAAAAAAGAAGAAAAACAAAAACAUGGUGUAAUUCUUCUUGAUGAAAUACAUCUUAGAGAAAGCAUUAAUGUUAACUCCAAGAAGCUUACAUACACUGGAUUAGUUGAUUUUGGGAUUGACGGUCUACAAAUCUUGUGAGACAAAUCUUAGUGAGACAGCAAAUCAUGGUUUAGUGCUAAUGUUUCAAUCAAUAGCCGAUUGUUACUCUCAACCAAUUGGAGUGUUUGCCUCUA